AAGAUCGCGUCAACCGGCGAGCUUUGUCGCGUGAACAAAAUAAUCAUAAAUCGCGGGAAAAUCGCAUUUCUUGUCAGUUGCCGCGCAAACGCUGGGCAGCGCAGACGCGUAUGUCAAAUUAACAUGCGCGGGAAAUCGAUCGAGACUAAACUCGAAUAGUGAUUUUAAAGUUUCGGUCAUAAAUAAUGUGAUAGUAAUUAAUAAGUGAAAUUAUUCCCUGUGAUAUUGUGUACACAUAAGUACUUUAUUUUUUUUUAGUAAAAGUGCAAUUUUAUCAUAAUGGCGGAUGAAAAGAAAGACUCAAUACCAUUCAUCAAGAAUGGUCUCCCAGCUACCAUCACCAAGACGCCUCUCCCGGGCAAGGCAAGCAAGGAGGGAAGGGGCAAAGCCCUAAGGCAGGUGAUGGCCUCGUUCAUUGCCAACUUGGGGACUAUCAAUACUGGCAUGGCUUUUGGAUUCUCGGCCACGUCACUGCCGCAGCUGAAGCGACCAGACUCCUAUAUACAUAUUACGGAUGAUCAGGCUAGUUGGAUUGCAAGUUUAAGCGCAGCGGGCACGCCAAUAGGAUGCAUUCUCAGCGGAUACCUCAUGGACAACAUCGGUCGCCGGCGGACGCUCAUCAUCACAGAAAUACCUCUCAUCUUCGGCUGGCUCAUGGUCGCUUUCGCUCAGAAUGUUCCUAUGCUUUAUAUUGGCAGGCUGAUGAUCGGCUUUGGUUCGGGCAUGGUGGGAGCGCCGGCCAGGGUGUACACGUGUGAGGUCUCACAGCCACAUCUCAGAGGAAUGUUAGGUGCCCUCGCGUCCGUUGGCGUGUCUACUGGUGUCUUGAUACAAUACGUAAUAGGCAGUGCAACGUCAUGGAACAUUCUAGCAGGGAUUAGCGCCACCGUUCCUAUACUCUCGUUCCUGGGCAUGCUGUUCCUCCCAGAGACUCCCAACUACUUACUGCAGCAGGAUAAGAGAGAGAGAGCUGAGAGUUCUCUUGCGAAACUAAGAGGUUCCACUUGUAACUUGGAAGAUGAAAUACAGAAGAUGAUUGCGUUUAAAGAGAAGAAUCAUGUUGAACCGUUGCACGGAGCGCGCGAGAUAAUCAAAGCGUUGCUGUCACCUUCAACACUGAAACCUUUCACUAUCCUGGCGAUCUACUUCUUCGUAUACCAAUGGUGUGGAGUCAACACUAUCACUUUCUAUGCCAUUGAAGUUUUUGAGGCAUCAGGGGCGAUGGCUAACAAGUACUGGCUGACAAUAUCCAUGGGUAUCGUGAGAGUAAUAUUCACUGUAAUCGGCUGCAUUCUCUGUAGAAAGUGCGGUAGAAGAAUGCUCACCUUUGUCUCUGCUCUCGGCUGCGGCAUCACGAUGAUAAUCCUGUCGAUCUACAUGUACUUCGUGAAGUUCUGGAGAGACAACGACCUGCCGCCGCAGUACUCCUGGAUACCCGUCGCUAGUAUCUUCAUCUUCGUCAUAUCUUGUACCCUGGGGUAUCUGAUUAUACCCUGGGUCAUGAUUGGAGAGGUUUAUCCGACGCAGGUACGUGGCAUAGUGGGCGGCAUGACGACAUGCGUGGCGCACAUGUCGGUGUUCUCCGUCGUGAAGACGUUCCCCUUCCUCAAGUACCAUCUCAACGACUACGGCGUCUUCGGCUUGUAUGGCACCAUGUCGCUGCUUGCGAUAAUAUUCUUCUACUUCUGCCUCCCUGAAACAAAAGGUAAGACUCUGCAAGAGAUAGAGGACUACUUCAGUGGCAGAACGAAAUCCCUGACGCGACGCAACACGCAGACUGAGGGCGCGUGACCGAACUAACGGGAAGUAUAUAGGGGAUAUAUGAUGUGCGAGGUAACACAGCUACUAAUUCUUAAUGAGCAUUCAGAAGCAUAAUAAUGUUUUAACGUUUGCAACGCAUUUUUUUAGAUUUUUGGGGAGCACUGUGGAACAGUGUCAAUUGGGGAGACAAGUACUAAAAAAAUUCAUACUUGUAAGAACCUACUUAUCAGAAGAUACACCUCCAUUUUUUUUUGUCCUAUACCCAUCAAUUUACACAAAGCGCAACAUUUUUGGUUAGGAUUUAAAGGUUCGGAACCAGACCUUAAUUUUUUUUCUUCCUGUCUGUCAUGAAUGGUAAAAAUAUGAUUAGCUCAUUAAUUUGUAUGAAGGAUAAGUGCUGUGUAAUGGCAAUGCUUUAAGAAACAUAUUUAAUUGUACAUAAUAAAUAAUAACACUCUUCGGAGUAACGUAAUGCCAUAUCGAUCAGCAAAGCUGACAAAGUUUUGAUAUUACAAAGAUCUAAAAAUCAAGAAGACAUUUUUCUAUACAUUUUUAUUGUACAGUAUUAACUCAUUGGAUUUGUAAAUAAAUGUUAAUUGACGAACAAAAUUCAAAAAUAUAUGUGUACCUACAAAAAAAAAUUGUUGGUUAAAUUCCUAAGAAAAAUAAAAUUGUGUAAAAAAAGAGAUCAAUUAUGUAAAUACGAUAAUGUUAACUUAAAGAUACUGAAAAACUAAAUGCCUUUAUCGAAGGGCAUAUUAUUUACUUAACUUGUGUGAAAGGUGUUUAUUGUUAAGACCUGUUUCUAUGUACCAAAUGAUUUUACCGACCAACUUUUUACUAUACAAAGAAAAUAUAAAAUAAACGGUUCUUAACAUUUGUUGUGAUUUGUAUGUGAUGUUGUAUAUUUUGUGAAAGUAUUAUACUGUAGUUUGAACUAAGAAUAGUCUAAAUAAUUAUAUUUUUGUAGAAAUUAUAUGAAUAAAUGUGCCAUUUUACCAAUGUUUAAGUCACAAGAUGUGGUCACAAAGAAAUCAUGAUAUCGACAACACUGGUUAGUCCUCGAUAAGGAUAUAAAAUGAAAUAGAUAUCCAUUUUAAAUAAUCCAUAAGUUGUCAAGUGAAAUAAAAUUAUUCUGUCCUGAUAUGCAGAGUGCACUUUAUUAUUUGGCAUAUCUAUUUUAUUUUAUAUCCAUGUAAUAUCAAGUUUGUACAUUAAACAUAAGUACAAAAUAAUCGAAAACGAUAUUGUCUUUUACAAUUUAUAUUUAAUUAAUACGUAAAAUAAUUAAAUGUUACCAUUUUUCUGUCUUCAGCAUACAAUGCAUUUUAUUUAUUGUUAUAUUAAUUUAUUUUAAAUGAAAUAGUGAAGCAUUUUGUGAUAGUGAUUUAGAUUAGAAAAAUAGUGUAAAAUGUAAAAUAAUUGUUGAACAUAUCUGAUUUAUUGAAAAUAAAGAAAAUAUUUCAUGA